ACACAAACCAGAGCUGCUGCUGCUGCCCUGUUUCUUGUCCAACAGCUGCUGCUGCUGCUUCACUUCCUCUGCUUACACAGAGCAACCAGUUGUCAGCAGCAAUGUCUGCACCCAUGGUGGACGCCGAUUACAUGGCCGAGAUCGAGAGGGCGCGGCGGGACCUCCGCGCCCUCAUCUCCAGCAAGAACUGCGCGCCCAUCAUACUCCGCCUCGCAUGGCAUGACGCCGGCACUUACGACGCCAAGACCAACACCGGAGGCCCCAACGGGUCCAUAAGGCUCCCACAGGAGUACAGCCACUCUUCAAAUGCAGGGCUCAAGAUUGCCAUUGACCUGCUAGAGCCAAUAAAACAGAAGCACACCAAGAUCACAUAUGCAGACCUGUAUCAGCUCACCGGAGUUGUCGCCGUCGAAGUUACUGGUGGACCAACCAUUGAUUUCGUUCCUGGCAGAAAGGAUUCGUCGGCUUGUCCAGAAGAAGGACGCUUGCCAGAUGCUAGAAAAGGUGCUUCGCAUCUUAGAGAAGUCUUCUACCGGAUGGGUUUAUCUGACAAGGACAUUGUGGCACUCUCCGGCGGUCAUACUCUGGGAAGAGCACAUCCAGAGAGGACAGGAUUUGAUGGCCCAUGGACCAAGGAACCUCUGAAAUUUGACAACUCUUAUUUUGUUGAGCUUCUGAAAGGCGAUUCUGAAGGGCUCUUGAAACUCCCUACUGACAAGGUUCUUGUGGAAGAUCCUGAAUUCCGUCAGUACGUCGAACUAUAUGCCAAGGAUGAAGAAGCUUUCUUUAGGGACUACGCGGAGUCACACAAGAAACUCUCAGAGCUAGGCUUCACACCGCCUCGCUCUUCUUUCACAUGCAAAUCCGGAAAUAAACAAAAGUCCCUGCUGGUGCAAGCUGCAGCUGGGGUCGCAGUUGCUGCUGCAGUUGUCGCAUUGGCGUACCUGUGCGAAUCCAACAAGAAGUUCAUCUAACUUAUGCUCACCAUUAGUACAGCAACAGUGGUGGAGGGUUGAAACUGGAGGAGUCGAAAUAUUUCAGUGCUGUCCACUUGUAUUUGCACCAUGUGGCUACUUAUUGAUAAUACCAAGCGUGUUAUGUGUUGUGAAGAGGUCAAAGAAUGAAAUAAAGACAAAUCUAAAAAUAAGAGCAAAAAAAAAAAAGCUCUGACUUGGUGCCCA